AUACGGGAGACGGUUUCUUGGCUAUAAAAGCCAUAUUUAUCAAGUUGUCAUCGUUCUUCUUCUGGUCAGUGCUUUCGAAAGAACGACGCUGGAGAUGCAACUCGCUCAGACGAAGCACAUCACUGCAGCAGCAAUCCUGCUCGCUUUCAUCUCUACUGCUGUCGCUCUCAAUAUUCCGAGUGUCACAUCCACGAGAUCACCAGAUUUUGGCCUCGGCGUUCGUAAAAACGAAACGAACACCCAAGGACGUGGAAGUGGAGUGCCUUCGUUUGCCACAUUUGGAGACGAUGGCAGCAACGGAAGCAGUAACCGAAAUAUCGAUGAGACUGAAAGUCGCCCCAGCGAACACGACAAGAAUACUACUUUUGGGAGUGGACGUAAUAUCUCCUCUGACACACAAAGUAGUCAGGGCCGCCGGGUGAACGGCACGGGUGUGAACAAGCAACCCACCGGCAGGAACGUCACGCAAGGAUUUGGGGAAGGAGAUGGCACAGUGGGACGGGAACUUCCCAGUACAGAUAGUGUCCACCGCGAUGGAGGUAACAGGACUGAUAGCCGCGGUGGCUCGGGAAGUGGAAGUCGUGGUGUGAGUUUCGGAAGGGACGAUACAGAACAUCGUGGUCUUGCAAGUGGACCAGGCCAAACAACAAACACUGGAGGACAUGGUAUUCUAGACACACCUGGAGGUCACCAAGGACGACCUGACACUCAAGGUACGAGCUUCGGAGGCAGCGGUUCGGAACAUCCUCCACUCUUCGGGUCUUCCGACCGGCCAAGUAAUGGACGUGAUCAAUCACAAGGCACUGUUGGACAUGGACAACCAGGCACCCUUGGUGGUCAUGAAAGACGACCUGGACUUCAGGGUGGUGAUGGUGAAGGACACGAUCCAGUAGAUCACGCAAUCUCUGGAUCACACGUCCCCACCAGAGAUCACCGACCAAGCAGUGUUGGAGGUAGACGUGACCAAACAGCAGGCACCAAGGAUCCUGAAGUUCCAGGCGGUAGUGAACAUCCCGAAGGACAUCGUGGUGUCGUAGACAGGCCAGGAACUGUAGGUCAAGGGGUAAUCCCUGGCAUCAACCGUGGAAGUGGAACACCCGGAGAACACGACGUUCCUGGCACGCUUUUCGGAUCGAAUGCUAAUGGAAACAGGACGACCUUUCCAGGAAUAUUAGAAAAUGGGAACCACGGUACCCACGGAGGAAGAUUCGGAAACCCGGGUAGUAUUGGUAACGACAGUCUAGGCGUACACGGCGACAGUGGAACGUUCGGCGAACACAGUCCUCAUGGGCAAGGAGGUCAAGGUUUUGGAGGAACUGUGUCUGGCUUUGGUAGUGGAAGCCGCAAUGGUAACCACGGGAGCAAAGGCCAGCGUGGCAUAGGAAGCAGAAACCACGGAAGUCGUGGCCAUACACCCGGCGGACGUGACAGUAACACUACCGGCGAAGAACGCUCGAGUCCUGGAGGUUUCGGGGGCAGCGGCGGUCUCGAAAACAGUUUCAGUAGGCCACUAGGGGGAGGUCGCAAUGGAACAGCCGCAGGGCAAGAGGACCCCGUACUUGGCACCGGACCACGCCGGAAUAGUACAGAUAUUGGCGGUAGAAAUCAGCAACCAACUCAAAGCAGCUUUGGCAGCGUCAACUCCACUGUGGGCAGCGAUACUAGCGAUGGACACAGCAGUGGUACCAAUGGUCAUGGUCUCGUUGGACAGCCUGGAGGGCUCAGAGGGUCAGGAGUUAGACAAGGACAGGAACACGCCAAUCAACGACAUCGCCAGGGAAGCAACACAUUGUCUACUGGAAAGCCAGGAGGUCUUACAAGCGCCAGCAGCACAGUCCAUUCAACCCGUGGUUUGGAGCGCCUCGACAGUGGCCACUAGACGACAUGUAAAUAUAUGUAAUAGACAUGUAAAUAUACGAAACGAAAGCGUCUAGGGCCGCGAACUAGGUGGUAGGUGUCAAAGACAGCCAAAGGUUAUGGACACCCAAUGUGGUCAUGCUACAACGGCGUGGUGGAGCGAUCUUUAAUGUCACAUUGUGGCAUGAAAGAGUGUAUAGGAAAAAUGAAUGUAGUCGGAUGUGUCCGUCGAAGCCAUCUCGAAUUCAUUCAUUCUGUUAAUUAACUACAUAUUUCAACCCGAGCUGGUUCGGAUGUUCUUGCCUUGAAAGAAACAACAAAAAGUAGAGAAAAAACGUCCGUCAGAGUACGAGAGAUGCGUCUUGCAAUCAGUACAUACCUCUGACUCUAACUACCACAGGGACUUGACUACCCACUAAGGCAUUAUUUAGCAAGGAAUAGCAAGCCGUCCUUUGUGGCAGACUCUUCCUGCCAAAAUUAAUACAUCCUCCUCCUCAACUUAACGUGAAUUGACAGAGAAGGACCGCCAUAGAAGAAUGAAAUAUCGAAAUACUGUAAAUAAAUUCUUUGUAGAACUAUG